CGUGGCAGUCAUUAUACACAAACAUGGCGGGCAGAUGAAAAGUUUCCGUGUGUGUAUGUUGAAAAAAUGCAACUUUAACCCGCAUAUAAUUGUCUCUGAUAAAACCGAUUUGCUUUUUGUUGCAAGUAACUUUAUAAGGUACUGAGAAUGGCUGCAUGGGCUGGAUUUUCAGAGGAAGAACUGCGAAGAUUGAAACACAACGGCGAAUUCAUAAACCAGGCUGUGCCUGUCACAUUGGGUCGUGGCCGUAAAGCCGCUCCGACUAACCGGAGUAGACAGCAGAUGCAGCGGGAAAGGGCUCUGCAGCAAGCAGCCAAGCAGAAGGAGGACAGCCACUCUCUUCCACCCGACCAACAGCUUGCUAAACCCCCUGACCCACCUGCUGUCAGUCACCCUGCUCCUGUCAAACCACAGGACGAGCCUAAACCAUUGGAGUCACAACUAGUUGAACAUGAAGCACAACCUGUUAAGCAUGAACCAGAAUCACCUGCAGAGUCUGUGCCAACAGCAGUCAUCAAGGAGCUGGACAAACAGGAAGUGGAAUUGCGAGAGAAAAACCGUCUACAGCAGUUGCAGUGGGAGCAACGGAUGAUGGAAGAGAAGAAUAAGAAAAGAAAAGCUCUCCUUGCAAAAACCAUUGCUGAAAAAUCCAAACAGACACAGGCUGAAGCUGUGAAGCUGAAGAAGAUCCAGAGAGAACUUCAGUUACUGGAUGAUUCUGUGUCCAGUGACAUUGGGAUUCUCAGAAAACUGAUCGAGCAAUCAAGCAUGGAUUAUUCCCAGGCGUGGAAGCGCUUCGAGAAAGCAGAGGCUGAGUAUGUUGCCGCUAAGAUGGACUUGCACAGGAAAACGGAGGUGAAAGAGCAGCUGACAGAGCACCUGUGUGCAAUCAUCCAACAAAAUGAGCUGCGCAAGGCCCAGAAACUGGAGGAGUUGAUGCUUCAGCUAGAGCUCAAUGCUGAGGACAUCCCCAUCCCAGAGGAAACAGUUCUAGAGGACAAAGAGAGGGAGUCCAGCUCCCAGCCUGUUACCGAAAACGGUCCUGCAGCAGAAACAGAAGUGGACGGCUCAAGUAUGAGCAAAGACAGUUCCAUUACAGAAUCAGCGAUCAGCCAAGAUAAUCAGGAGAGCAAAGCAACAGAUGUUUCUGCAGAUGGGCUAAGCUAGCUUCCAAACAUCAUCAAUUUAAUAGAGGCUGUAUGACAGUUUACAUAACACUUGCUACCAGGUUAUGAAACUGUGAGAGUGUUGAAUAAACCAACAAUCCUGCAUUUUGUGAGGAUAAAAGCCAGCCUCAUUUUAAUAUUGGUGUCAAUUGCUUUUCCAAAUACUGUGAGGGUUAUUCCAUACUACUAACAUUAAAAAUGCCUUAGCAUUAUAGUGCUGAAAUAUUGAUUUUGAUCCGUUAAGCUCGGUUUUUGGUGUUCAUUGAUGGUGCGCACGAUCCUAAAUGUGGGCGAUUAAAACAGUACUGUUUUUUUUAUUCCUGUGGUUCUUUUGGAUGUCAGUCAUUUGUACAAUUUAAUCUGUCUUCCAUUAAGUAAAUGGAUUACGAAUCUCUUAAGCAUUGUGCGUCUUAAAAACACUAUAAAAAUACUAAAUGCUGUUAACUUGAUUGUUUUAUAACUUUGACAUUAUUCAAAAUGGAAUAGUGGCACAUGGCCUGGUGGUAGUUUGUACUUGUGAUUUAUUUCACAUGAUGUUGCAUAAGUGAAUGGUGGAAUCUUUUAUCUAUAUAUGGCUUGUCUCAUAAAAAUAACUUGAUGCAAAUGUUAACAAAUCAAUAACAGCAGGGGUUUUUUAGCAGUUUGUUCAGCAGCGAUGAGAACAAUUGAUUCGUACUGUAUGGAAGAAAAAACCAUUAGAGUGUGGGAUGUUGAAUGCUAUUGAGGUUUUUUUUAAAUGCAUAUAUUGUUUGUAUAUAAUUUUAUAGUUUUCUAAUGAAACUAAGAUACAUCAUGCAGAGCAUUUGUCCUACACUAAAAACAUUACGUAACAGUACAGUUAUAUGGUAUUAUUCAAAAAUGGUUUAAAAUAUAUAUAUUUAAUGAAUGUCAUGCAUUUGAUUAUUCCUGUGCAUUAUUAUGAUUUGAAAGUAUUGUAUAAA